AUUACGAUUUUAUCGCCUCAAGAGUGGAAUCUUCUACCCGCUCCACUUACACUCGCCGGAACUACAAUCGUUCCAUCUCCCUGUCAGAUUACUGGCUAGCAUUCUGCACGACUGCAAUUGGCGUGGGAUAUCUGCAUAGCAUUGAUCAAAAACCGGUGUAAUCGCCACGACGAAUCCAGUGCCUUCGCAACAAGUACAGCUCUCCCGCCUUCCUACAGAAACCUUAUGCAAGGGACGGCUAUCAUGAAGACGAGUAGCGUGGUUUUGUCUGUCGAUCAAGGAUGUCUUCGCCGCAAACUGUCCCCACCCUAGGGUCUCCCUAUGAGAAGGAAAUCUCAAGGAUCCGUUCGACAGAAGAUACUUCUCCUCCCACCGAAAAUGCCGAGAAAAGAGCCCAGAGGCAGCCCGGUGGGCCGUUUGCCUCUUCGAGAAUGGCUGCAUAUCUUAGACGAUUCGAACAGCAGCUCGUCGAAUAUAAUCUGGAAGCCCGUGGCAUAGAGCGGGUGCAAGAGCAUGAACGGAUGUCCAAGUUGACUUGGGUUUCUUACAUGCAGGCUUUCUUGCUUUGGGUCUCGAUCAAUUUGGCGGCCAACAACAUCACACUGGGUAUGCUGGGACCUGCUACAUACGGACUGAGCUUCCUUGACUCGGCUCUAUGCGGAGUAUUCGGUGCUCUAGUCGGUGCCAUAGUUUCUUCGUGGAUGGCCACAUGGGGCCCUAUAUCCGGUAUUCGGACUAUGGCAUUCGGACGCUAUUCAAUGGGAUGGUGGCCCAGCAAACUCAUCGUCAUCUUGAACCUGAUCCAAAUGCUGGGAUAUGGCUUGAUCGACUGCGUGGUUGGCGGGCAGAUCUUGUCCGCCGUUUCACCACAUGGACACAUGACGGUUGCUGUGGGCAUCGUGAUCAUCGCCAUCAUCAGUUGGGUCAUAGCCACUUUCGGCAUUCAAAUCUUCCAUUACUACGAGCGAUUUGCCUUUCUCCCCCAGCUUAUCGUUGUUUGCAUACUGUUCGGUAUGUCGGGGACGAAAUAUGACUUGUCCACACCAUCCACUGGCGACGCUCGCACAGUAGCCGGAAACCGUCUGUCCUUCUUCUCGCUUUGUCUCAGUGCCGCAAUUACAUAUGCACCUCUUGCGGCAGACUUCUUCGUCUAUUAUCCUCAGAAUACCUCGAGGACAUCUCUCUUUUUCCUGUCCUUGGGUGGCCUAAUGACCUCUUUCACCAUGGCAUUCCUCGUCGGCAUCGGUCUCGCAUCGGGUAUCACCUCGGACCCAGCGUACAGCAAAGCAUACGCCGACGGUGCCGGAGCACUUAUCGUCGAAGGGUUCAGCCCCCUUAAUGGAUUUGGCAAGUUUUGCGCCGUAGUCGUUGCACUCGGUCUCAUCGCCAACACCAUCCCACCCACGUACUCAGCUGGCGUAGAUUUCCAGAUCCUCGGAAGAUACGCCGAAAAGGUGCCCAGAGCCAUUUGGAACGCCAUCGGAGUGAUCAUCUACACUGUGUGCGCCCUAGCGGGCCGAAGCAAUCUUUCCGACAUCUUCACCAACUUCCUCGCGCUCAUGGGCUACUGGGUCGCCAUCUGGAUAGCCAUUAUCCUAGAAGACCGCUUUAUCUUCCGCGCCCGCAGCGGAUACAACUGGCAUUCCUGGAACGACCCGUCCAAGCUGCCCUUGGGCAUUUCCGCUUUGAUUGCCUUCUUGAUCGGUUGGGCAGGCGCGAUCCUAUGUAUGGCGCAGGUGUGGUAUAUCGGGCCUUUGGCACGAUUGGUGGGUGAAUAUGGCGCCGAUAUGGGUACCUACGUUGCUUUUUCAUGGACAUGUGUGGUCUAUCCGCCUCUCCGAUAUGUCGAACUCCGCUACUUCGGACGGUGAGGUGGCGGCAAUGCCAUUGGGCCUAACAGAGCACUACUAUUCAAUUCAACAUUGCAAACUGCUCUAUAUAUGAGUCAUUGGCCUUGUAGAGUAUAUUCAGACUGGUCAUGUACUAUACGAUCGUACUACUAUGUUGAUCAAUAGACAUCCUUGUCUCUCAAUAAAACAGAACUGUACAUCAAAUUGAACAAGUACCUCGAAAAA